CUCACCCUUCAUUCCACCUGGGAUGAGAGUAACUUUGCUGCUGAAAAUGGGGGAGCAACUGCAACUCUUUGGGAAUAGAAGGGGAGGCUGAGCUGAGCUUUUCCCAUGAGAUUUCCUUAAAUAAGCCUUAGUCCUAAAAAUAAGCAGGGAAAGUCAUUGCGGAGAGGAAGUACCAUGUUAACGCUCCCAGUGAAAGGCAUUUUAUUUCUGGUUUUGAGUUAGUGCGAUUCCUUCUAUGGCAUCCUCCUCCAAAGGGGGGUUUGUAGUACUCUGGCUUUUACCCCUGCUGCGUGUUGGCGUUCUCCUCCUUUCGGGGGGCGCCCGAGCCUGGGGCAGGGACACCCCAAGUGCUGUGCUGCCACUGGGCAGUUGGGCCAUUGGGGAGUUGGAUGUUGUCUAUGCCGGUCUCUAUUUUGCUUGCUCCUGUGAGCACGGAUACACGCUCGCUGCAGGAAGCGAGGCCGGGAUUUUCGGAGUUAUUAGCUGAAGCAGGAGUUUAUCAGAAAGCCAGCAAUGUGGUGUUUUAUAGGGCUAUUCUUGUAGCCUUACGGUGAGGCCAGAGAAGCAGCCACUUGCUCUUUUUCUUCCUGCUUUCUCUCCCUUCUGCUCCCUGUCCCAGUCGGGUCUCCUCCUCCUUGCCCAAUGCAGCCGCGUCCUCUGUGACUCCUCUCCAACCAUCCCUCCCCGUCAGCCAGUGUGGGCUGCGCCUGCAGAAAGGUAAUUUCUUUCAGUGUGUCUGUCUCAGCGGUUUGUCUGUCCAUCCGUAGCGUCUCCCGCUGCUCCCGGGAGCUCCCGCUCUGCUCAUCCCGCAUUUCUGGUGCGGCAGAAACACAAGAGCUGUUGCUGGCGAGUGGAGAUGUUCGAUGUUCUUGCCCGUCCAAGGCAUCGUUUCAUCUGUGCCCCCUUCUCCCAGCCAGGCUAUCCCAGGGAGCUCGGUGCCAGGAUCUGUUUGCAGAGCUUGGUAGGACCAGUCAGUUAUUUAAGUUUAAGACUGACCCCCUACAUGCAGCCCCGUUGAGACAGUACGUCAAAUAUGUUCUUAAGGGGCUCCUUCUUCCUUCCACGUAUUUAUUUCCUGCAGGAUGAGUGUUAUAAAAAGCCAUGCAUUAUGUUCAAGGCUGAUUGCAAAGCUCGUGUUGUGAAGGGGUGCAUGGAGCGACAGGAAGCUGAGGGGUGGCCAAAAGAAGCUGCAGAUCCUAAAGAACAGCCCCUGAUGUUUAAUCAUUUAAUAAUGAAAAAGCCCCUUUUCCAGCAAGACACGAAUGGGCUGUGCUUCACCUAAAAUUUAACUGGGUAUCAUGACUCUCUGGCCCCUUUGGUGGGGUCAGUGCUACGUCUGGCUGCCGUGGCCAUGGGGUCGCACCAGCCCUUCCUGGUGAUUUACCCCUGGUCCAGUGUAUAGACAGUCACGGGCACCCGGGUACCCCAGUUUUGAUUGUCCUGAGGUGCUGAGCCGUUCUCAUGUUUGCCACCGUGUCCAUGCUGAGGCGUGUUGUUUCUGUACUAAACACCAAAUGUUUCAAGAAUAUCUUUGUUUUUAGCUGAAUUGCCUUUUUGGCGUGGCCUUCUGGGGAAUUCAUAACUCUUUUAUAUAUAUAUAUAUAUACACAUAUAUAUAAAAUAUAUUUUUUUAAAUUUAUGUAGCUUCCUAAAUAUCUUUAGAAAUUGCAAACCUGGCCAAAAGAAACACUGCCCCAGAGAGCAGCCCUCCCUGGGCACAGAGGCUGAUACAAGAGCCUGCUGGGACUGCCCCAUCACACUGUCCUGUCCUCACCCUCAGCACCGGCCCUGGGAGAUUUCCAGGCAUUUAUUGUUCGUGAUUGCCCCUCUUUGGGAGGGCUCCUUUUGGAGCUUGUACUCUGGCCACGUCUUCGCUGCGCCCACGCUGGUAACCUUGGUCCCGUCUCCUGCUGACUGCUGCUUUGUGCUCUUUGGACUGUGGCCGCUUCGCUGGGUGCAGGAGGAGCAGCCGCAGCCCCUCGGCAAGGGGACGGAUGCCCAGGUCGGUGCGGGGUGAGGAGCUGGCAGCGUGUCCCAGCACAACCUCUCAGGGGGCUGCAAACAACGGGGAGAGCUCCCCAGAGAUGGGGGAGACGGGAUGGGGCGCUUGGCUGUGACCUGUGCGGGGCUGCGGGCUGCAGUGCGGCCUGUGCCGGGGAUCCAGGCAUUGGUGAGGCUUCCACAGCACUGGUUGGUGCUGGACGUGUCCGAUUUACAAGAGAUGAAGCUCAGUGUGGAGUAUUAAAUUAAGAAAUAAACCAAUUUCAAAUGGGGGAAAAAGGCAGAAAAGAAGAGCUUGUGAGUAAGAGGGGUCUGUAAGUCUUAUGUAGUGGAAUAUGAGCUGCUUUUUAGGGUUUUUAUGGCUGAAAAGAAAUCCCAAACCCCCAAGGUCUCUUCACCUGCCCUGGAGGGAAAGUGUUACACCCACCCUUCUGCAGCGUGUGUAUGGGAAUGUAGCGGAAGAUUGGCGAGGUGGUUGGUUAAAUGUAAAUACGCUCAAGUGACUUGCAGCUGUCUGUAGAAAAAGCCCAUACAUCACACUAAUUGUUUCACUGACCUUGUGUGCUUGACGAGUAGAACCUGUGUUAGAUAGCACAGGCCUGUGAGGAACUCUAGACCCGUAUCACUACGUCUGAGAUCCCUGCUUUGUUGUGAGAAAGAGCGGGAGGCUGUGCCUGCCUGGAACCUUGAAAUACAGGCGAGCUCAGCAGGCCCAGUGAUCUCCUACCAGGGCUGAACUGACCAGCGCCUGCGUCCCCGCUGCUGUCACCUCUGCAUGGGAGCUCAGGUCUGGCUUUGGAGACCCUGCAGUAGAGAGGACCUUAGUCUCAGCUCUUCUGCCAGAACCAAGCACCAAGAUGCAGCCCGUGCCCCUGCAGAGCCUUUCGGAGCUGGAAAGAGCCAGUCUGCAGGAGAUCGCUCUCUACCAGCUGCAGGAGAAGCUGCUGCUUGGGGAUCUCAGCCUGGCUAAAGUUGGACCUAAAGGCAGUAAAUCUAUCCGUCAGAAACUGGAGAGCUUUUCAAAGGAGAAGAAAGACUCUUCUCCUCAGACGUUUGGGAUCCCGCUCUUCCAAGUCAUUGCCAAUGACUGUGCCUACAAGCAGCUGCAGGACGCGGUGAAGAAGAGCCGCCGGCUCUGCCUGGAGGUGGAAGCGACAGUGACGAGAUUUCGGGCUCAGAGGCAGAAGAGGUCGCCGAUGGGCAGGAGCUGUGUCCUGGUACCCCAAGAGGUCUUCCCGGAGGAGCCGCUUUCCCCAGCUCUUCUCAACAACAGCUCCUGGAGCCAGCGAAGGGGGGCAAUGUCCGUGGACUCCAUCACUGACCUGAGUGACAACACAUCCAAGCUGCUGGAGGCACUGCAGCUGUCACACCCCCACGAGCUGGAUCCGCAGAGAAGCCUGAGCAAGAAGAAGAUGUUGAGCCUCAACCCCAUCACCCGGCAGGUCCCACGGAUUGUGGACAGAUGUUGCAAACACAUUGAAAUGCAUGGUCUCCAGACGGUGGGCAUCUUCCGGGUGGGGAGCUCCAGGAAAAGAGUUCAGCAGCUGAGGGAGGAGUUUGACCGAGGACUGGAUGUUUUCUUGGAUGAGCAUCAGAGCGUUCAUGACGUGGCUGCUCUGCUCAAAGAGUUUCUUCGGGACAUGCCGGACUCGCUGAUUCCCAGGGAGCUCUACGCAGCCUUCCUCAGCACAGCCUCGAUGGAGGGUCCAGCUCAGCUGGCUGCUCUCCAGCUGCUGCUCUUCCUGCUGCCCCCCUGCCACAGCGACACGUUGCAGCGGCUCCUGCGGUUCCUCAGCGAGGUGGCCCGGCACGCCGAGAGCUCCUGGGGCCCUGACGGCCAGGAGAUUCCUGGGAAUAAAAUGACAGUUUCCAACUUGGCCACAAUCUUUGGUCCCAACAUCCUGCAGAAAGAGAAGCCUGGAGAGAAAGACGCUGGUGCAAUGAACUUUGAAGACAGUGCUGCCAUCAUACAGGUGCUCCAGAGGCUGAUUGAGCACUACCAGACCUUGUUCAUGGUCUCUCCAGAAAUGCAGCAUGACAUCCUGAGGAGGCUAUUUCAGACAGACCCCGAUGUCAUUGACUACCUGUUGCGCAGGAAGCUCAACACCGUGCUGAGCAUGGAGAGUGAGGAUUCAACAGAGGACCGUGCUCCAUCGCCUCUGCCUGGUCGGACCCGCACCCUGGAGAGCAGCUCGGUCUCAUCAGAGUUGUACAGCAGCGUCUCAUUCCUAAACCUGGAUGUUGGCAUCUAGCGAGCCCGGUCCGUGCCCUCUGCCCUGCCUUCUGUGGACAAAACUGGGCAACAUUUCCCCAGCAAAAAUGAGUCCUGUAUCCCACUUCGGAGGAGCAAAGAAGUGAAGGGCGUGCGAAUGUCUGUGGGAGCACCUUCACUACCAGCAGACAUGCCAAAUUGUUCUGGUGUAGGCAGACCUACAGCACGAGAGGCAUUUGCAGGUUGCCAGCAGAAGGACUUCCACACGUGGGCUUGUUGCUGGAUGGCAACCAAGCAACCUGUGUGCUUGUGCAGUGGCUGUGUGUGAAUGCUGUGCAGGCAGCGGUGUGGAAGGGCAAGGUGCUCUGGGAGCGAGCCAGAAAGCUGUUGGCAUGUGCUGCAGCUUGCCUGCAGGUCUGAAGCGCUGCCGUGCCCUCCGCUGGCACUGCCUCUGCAAUCUGCUGCUUCAUGGGAGCUUGGGGCGUGGGGUUGCCCUCCCCAGAGCUGUGCACAGCGCAGGGUUAGCAGCGCACAGGGUGACAGCACAGGCAGGAACUGCAGGGUGGCUUCGUGGCAUCCCUGUCUGGGGUCAACAACCUUUUUCCUCAAAUGACCACCAGCCGCAUGCACUGGGACAGCGAACCGGUGCAGACUGGGGAGCAGCAGGUGCGUGCCUGGCAGCUCACGCUGUGCUUGGUGGACAGGGCUGGGAUGUCCAAAGCAGCACCAUCUGGGGUGUAACACCUGCAGGAUCUGCUGGGCUCUGGGGGAGCAGAGGCCUGGGGCUCAGAGCCUCUGCGCACACUGGGAGGACUCUGGCCCGAGGCAGAUGUGGAUGGGACCAUGAGCAGGGCAGCGAGGAUGGAAAAUGCGGUCCAGCUUCAUGCAGUUGGUGCUUUGGGAUCCCGUUUACCGCAUGUUGCAUCACAGGCUUGUGUGGAGACAAAGCGCUCUUGGAGCUAAAGGAAUGUCAGUGGAGCUAAAGCAACAGCACCAGCAUUGCAGACACCCUGGCCCACCGUGUUCGGAAUGAAACACAGCUUUCUUCUUUGUUUGAACCCAGGUUUCAAACUGCUCGUUUUAUAGACAGAAAACACUGUAUCGACCCCAAAAUGUAUGCUUGGUAUAGUAAGAGGGAACAGUAACUGAAGGAAAAUAGAAGUCUAUAAUCCUUAGAGUAUAAUAUUCAGUAAAUAGACCUUCUAAUGUACUUUACAGAUUAUGGUGUCUUUUCACCAUCUUUGGCUGAGAAAUAUCUGGUUUGGUUUGUUCCUGCUGCUCAGGCAUUGGGUGUCACUGCCAGCUAUGUGCAAAUGUAUGUUUCUGGCUGGUAUGGCAGAAUGGAUGUUAUCAGCAAAUAUUUUGCUUUCUUUCCAUUCACUCUCCCAGACACGGCCUGGAGUCGGUGCUUUGCUCUGGUUCGGGUUAGGUCAGGGUUUGGGGGAGACUCUGUGGCCUCCACAGUGGGAUUCCCGGGAGUCCUGCUCCACCUGGGCAGCUGGGAAGAGGCUGAGCACCAUCUGGGAUCCAUCACCUCUAAAAAUGGUUGCACCACCAGUGUUCUACCUGAGGGCCACAGGGGACCAAUGUGGCCCGUGUGCACCCUAAAACUAGUCACCCACUGACUGCAGGAGCCACUUCCCAUGAGCUGGAUCCUGGUGGCUCUUCUCCAACUAAAACCCUUCAAGACUGACUAGGAUUGACUUUAUUGUGCGAUAAAGGGGAUGCCCUGGUGUCCCCUGGACACAUCUUGAAGAGACAGGGACAAUAUUCCAGGCAGGAAUGACCUGAUGAGGGGAUCCAGGAGAGAACGGGGGCCUGGGAGUGGCUGUGGAGGUCACACCCCAGGACAUGGGUUGCCACACGGGGCCACAGUCCCUGAAUGUGAGGCCUGGGUGCUCCAGUCUAGCUCUGAACGUUGCUGAGGUGGCAGCAGGUUUUAUGGAGCAUCAGCCUCCUCGCUUUGGAGCUGCUGCCUCCGGAGCUCCUGUGCAGCACGCGUGGGCAGGGUGGCGUGUGCCUCGCGUUUCUGUGCUGUCCUCCUGCUCGGGACGAGGUGAAGCGCAGGCUGUACUCGCUCUUCGGUUAUCACUCCUUGUCUCCUCUGGAGGAAGAGCCCUGGGCUAGAUGGCUUCAUCCCCUGGACCCUGGUCUGCCUCUGGCUACAAGACAAAACCCUGCAAGGUCUCCUUUCAUGGGUGUUUAUUUGUCAAGCAUAUUUAACUGGCUCCUGGUUCUGCAAAUGUCUGGGCAACGAUUCAGCAUGAUGUAGAUGAGCUGGACCAAGCUCAGAUCCCUGACUUAGGUGUGAGAGGAUUUACAAGACUGGCUUCUAGACUGUGCCUGAACUUCCCUGAACUGCCAGGUCUCAUCCUAUUGCCUUUGCAAAUGGUCAGGACCCAGGCAAAGAGAAAGGAUUUGGCCUGCUCCUCAGGGCCUCCUCCCUGGGCUGGUUCGCCAGGUGCUGUGCCGAGGUGUGGGCAAACACUCGGCACCUCGGUGCAGAUCCGCGCUCCGGCAACGCUGGCAUCUCGCUCCGCGAGCAGGGAGCCACAGCAUGGCUCGUGUCCCUCACCACCAGAACAGUGCCAUGGCUUUGGCUACGACUUGUAGCAUCGAGGGGAUGAUUAACAAACGCACGAUCCUUUCUGCGCCCCAGCCCGAGUGGGAGGGGUGUUCGCCACAGCCUCGGCUGCGUCUGCCCAGCGGGUCGUUCCCACCGCACGGUACUGCACCUUCUCAGCUGCACUGCUCAGCGCUGAGCUCUUAUUUUGUAAAGGGCCUUCCCGGCGGAUGGGUACUGCUGGGAGGGGUGGAAAAGUAGUCCCCGGAGAACAACAUGCUGAAGAGAAGAGUGUGCGCUGAGAGAUAGCUGUGAAAGCCUUCCAAGAACUGAUAAGCUCCAGAGAGGAACAGUGCUGUUGGGUCUGCAGGAGUGGAUAAACUUGGGACACCAUGAGUCUGCUGAAGGUUUCUGAGAGUCACCAGCGCACUGGAACAUCAACUGUGUAACCAACGCCAUAUACAAGGAGGCCGCAGCUGCUCUGUGCAGACUACAGGAUUAUACCUGCUGCAAGAGCAGACCCUCUAGGCCACCUUCCUUCCUAGAAGCCUCUGGCAUCUCAGCGUGACCCUCUGCUCCUCAGUCAGCACUGGUCUCACUGUCCCAUGUGGUUCAAGUGGCCAGUUAUCUCCUGUUAGUAGUAGCAGCUUGAGUUCGUUAACAGUAACGAACUAAUGAGGACAAGAUGUUCCAGUGACUGUUGUCCAUGACUUGAUGGUUGGUCUCUUUGUGUCCCCACUGAGGAGGAGAAUUGGGAAAGGGGCAGAUCCUCAGGCUGGGAGGAGUUGUUACGAAUGUUCGCCGAGAAUUUUGAAUCCAGGAAAAAGCAGGUGGACAAGUGGGCACUCAAAUAAUUGUGCUGAGCUGAAACCUGGGCUUUUUUUUGUCCUCAUGGGGGAAUAUGAAGUGUCGGAGCUCUAGGUGUACAGACGGUGGACGGAUAUGACUCACUAGGUGAUGGGCCAUCCUGGGGAGAAGCUUCUUGUGUGUUGGAUUCCUUGGGGACCAAAGAGGAACAUACUCUAAUGGAAGAUGAGAGGGAAAGGCACAGUUGUGCAGUAGUGGUGAUACAAAGGCUGGAAACGUGUAACAUGCAAGGGGGUAACACAGAGAAGCAGGAUGUCCCACCACUGCCGGCAGCGCUGGGCACAGCUCUGAGCCCACUGUCAGUCUGCGGCCUUGGCAAGACAACAGCCAUGGCAGUCCAUGGAGACGCCACAAACCUUCUGCAUUCCUCACCUUCAGUUCAUUGUGGGAACAUCACAAGCACUUUGCUGCCCAGACAUUUUGGUGUCUGCAGCUGUUAGUGUGCUCAUAAAGGAGGAAAACAGAAGCGUCCAAUAUGACAUUAAGAUCUUGAGUAGAGCACAAAAUCAGCUCCAUGCCUUGUCAUGGCCAUAGCUCAACCUGAUACCACAGCUUCUAGGUGUAGCUUUGACUUGGUGUUGUUACCAAGAGCAAUCAAUCUGGCACUGACGUCAAUGUUGAGAAGUCCACGCAGCCUCUAUUGCAUAUUUUUGGUCAAAUUUUUCAGUCUCAGAAAAGAAAAAACAAAGUAGAGUGAACAUUUCCUCAUUCUCUGUCACCUCAGAGAGUCACUCGGAGGGAGGCUGUCGUGUAGAUUGAUGCCACCAGCAUCACUUCGGCUUCUCUCCCUUGAUUCCUCUGAGCUUUAAUUUGUUCUUCCGCUACUUUUGCCAUAUACCCUUCUGUAAGAAUUAAGUGUGCAGAAAUUAUAGUGUAUAAUAUAUGGACUUUAUCAAAUUCAUGGCACUUGGAAAAUAAGCACUGCAGAGCUAUGCCAGAUCUGAGGAUGUGAGCGAUAUGGGGGUUGCAGGUGCUUGGCUAACAGUUCUAUACAAGACUGUUGUGUUGAGCUGUCUUUAUAUGUUGCCUCCCACCUUGGAAGCCAAACAAGGAUAGAAAGGGUGACUGAAAGGUUGGUGGUCACUGCUGGGUGUUACAACAGGCAUCUACAAGAGCAUCAAGCCCACAAAGGCUUCCUGACAGACACUGUUCCCACCGAGCGAUGGGAAGAAGUGCAAGGUGCUGCAGAGCUGGUUUCAGAAGCACCACUACAUGGGACGUAGAAUCAUAGACUCAUUUAGGUUGGAAAAAACCCUCAAGAUCAUCGGGUCCAAUCAUUACCUAAGCCUGUCACUAAACCAUGUUCUUGAGAACCUCAUCUCCGUCUGUCCAGCCCUCCAGGGCUGGUGACUCCAGCACUGCCCUGGGCAGCCUGUUCCAAUGCCCCACAGCCCUUCAGGGAAGAAAUUGUUCCCAGGUCCAACCUCAACCUCCCCUGGCGCAACUUGAGGCCGUUUCCUCUUGUCCUGUCGCUUGUUACUUGGGAGGAGAGACCAACACUGUCCAUGCUACAACCUCCUUUCAGAUAGUUGUAGAGAGCUAAUAGAAUCACCAUCCAGCUUAUAAUAAUAAUUAAAAGCACUAUUAAUUAAUAAUAAUAAUAAAAAUCACCAUCAUCGCCAUCAUCUGAAUGGGACAGGGAUGCUGAAAUGCUAGGGAGACACUUGCUUGGCUUUCCAAGGAGAGUCCUUUUGAAGCUGACUUUCCCAAUGCCGUGAUGGUGGCAGAAGAGGGCACUGGGGCUCAGUGGGAAGCAUUUACUGCAGAAAAUGUAAACAUCAUGUAGGGCCUUCCUAGCCCCACACCGCAGGACUUGGAACCUGCGCGGUUCCGGUUGUCGCUGCCGAUGGGGAUGUUGCUAAAAACUCCAGCUGAGGGCAGCCCAUCUCCAGCUGCUGCUGCUUUCUGCCCAGGAACUGCCUCCUUAGAGCAGCCCGCAGACUUUCUCUCCCUCAAAAGCACACUGGCUGUCACUGCCUGGCAUACACGAGUAUUUGCUUACAACUUGUUUUAUUUUAGCCUCACAAAAUAAAAAACCCCUUUACAAAUCAGUUGCAAAGCACCAUCAUUCAUGAAGCAUCAGCAUCACUCUGGACCAGCUCUGAAAAAGCUGGGUAACCUCUGUUAUUCUUCAGAUACGGUGAUUGUCAGGCUCUUUUCCCCUCCUCCCCAAGCUGAAUUUACUGUGAUUUCACCUUUUGAAACAAUCUGAAAGUUUCUGUCUGAAGGGAAAGUAACUACCUGAAGGGCAGUUCUAGCCAGGUGGGGAUUGGUCUCUUCUCCCAGGCAUCAGCAACAGGACAAGGGGCCAUGGGCUUCAACUCUGCCAGGGGAAAUUGAGGCUGGAGAUUAGAAAGCAAUUCUUUACAGAGAGAGUGGUCAGGCAUUGGAAUGGCUGCUCAGGGAGGUGCUGGACUCACCGGCCAUGGAGGUUUUUAAACUGAGAUUGGACAUGGCACUUAGUGCCAUGAUCUAGUCAAUGGACUGGAGUUGGACCGAGGGUUGGACUGGAUGAUCUCUGAGGUCUUUUCCAACCCAGUCCAUUCUGUGUGUGAUUCUGUGUAUCUUGACAUUUCUAGACCCCCAGUGCCAGUGUGGGGGUUGGGUUGUUGUUGGGGGUGGUUGUUGGCUGGUUGUUUGCACCAACACCAACAAAACCAUCUUGAGCCACUUGGCACUUGACGGGUUUUUACAGCCAGUGUCAAGCUUAGAGGCCUUAAGAAGGGUACAACAGGGAGUAACUUGCAGGAUCAGUUACUCAAAUUCAUGAGUGAGUGAGUGAUUUUAGUCAACAGCAAAGAAACAAAGCAAGCAGGAUCUUUAUCUUAUUUGUAUAUAUUUUUUUUAACCUAUGUGUCUCCAUUAUACUGCUGGUCAAAGAUACACACACAAACAUAUUGCAUGGCAUCACGUAACACUUUAUCAGCUUAAGUUCCCAUGGUAAACAUGAAAGAACAUAUGUGACUCACAGAAAGUUCCUCCAAUCUUAAACAAAGCAUCAGUUUAUUUGUAUUUUUGAGGCCAAAGGAACUGGCCGAGGGGUUAAAUCCGCAGAAGAAAGGCAUCGAUGCAAUUUGAUGUGGAUAAUGUUUCCCGGGUCUCCUGAAGCAGUGCUGGCUACCACGGGAUCAAUAUUUGAUUUUGUUUGACCUAGAAAGUCAGUGAGGGUUUGCCCCAGCUGAACGGAGCUGUCAGAUGAAGGACAGCAAGGGUGGUGAUGGGCAGCACGAGUUGACCGGGUGAGUGUUUCUUGCCUUUGGAGGGAGAGCGAGAGAUGUGGAGCAGAACCAGCCCAAAGCUGCUUCUCAGGACACUGAGAGGUGACCCCAGUCUGCAGAAAGCACAAAGGAGGGGGGAGCUCCGCUCCGAGGAAGGGAGGCAGGGUUGGUUGAAGGCAAGUGGAAAACUCAUCCUAUGGGACUUCAGAUUCUGGUGGAUGGACAAUGAUUCAGAGAAGGA